CUACAAAUGAUUGGUUCAAAUUUCUGUGUCACUUUCUUAUUUAAAUCGCCGUUAAAGAACUGCAAUUGCAGGAUUUUUUUUUUUUUGAUUUGACAUCGCCCUUUUUUUUAUUAGAUGACCUUUUCUCUACCAAACGAAAUCAUACUACUCGUCUUGCUGCAUUUAAACACAAGAGAUCUUCUCUCAUUUACAAGUACCUGCCAUUCAUUUCAUGUUCUUACAGGAAAUGAUUUAUUCUGGCGUGAUCUCGUCCAAAGAAAAUUUCAUAUUGGAUAUUGUUCUCCUCAUCAAUCUUGGUGGAACUUGUUGAUCUCUGGUCAUGCCGAUCAAAUGUGUCACCAUAUCAAUUACCGUCAUGUCGCUCAUUUGCAAUCAAUCAGAGAAACGCUUAUAGGAGGAAUGGCAAAUGCAUUGGAUGAUACCACCUCACUUGACAUUUGCAUAGAACCUAAUUGCCUCUCCUCCAACCAUCUUUCUUCUUGUCAUCAGCAUUUGAUUUUUGUGAGGUUAUCCACUGUCCAUUUUAUUGAAGUCUAUUGUCAUGCUUGUCAAAGACAGCUAGAUCAGUCUAAAUCAGAAAUCUACAUCUCUAGAAGAAUCAUUCAAUUCAUGACUCAGUUACCAUUCAAUAUCCAACAUCGAAGAUCCAUUGAACAAGCCUUAUUCACAAACGGACAAGAAAAAUAUGUGUAUCUCAUUGAAAAAAAAUGGUUUACCACUUGGGUCCAAUUCUUGAUAGGAACAUCACCUAUUUUACCCACAAGUUUAAACAAUUCAAGCCUAUUUUAUCAAUCCAGCCAUCUUCGCACAGAUCUCAUUAUUGGCGUGGAUUAUGAACUCGUAGGUCAUUCCAUUGCCUGUUACAUUGAACGUAUUUAUGGUUUAGAACAUGAUUCACCUAUUCAAUCUGUUCAAGAUUUUAUCACUCAACCUAUCUAUCGCUCCCUAUCACAAUCACUCUUAUUACGUAGAAAUUUUACAAUAAAUUAA